UAUAGUAUAUAUAAUGGUAUAUAUGUGUGUGUCAAGUAAUUGCCACAGUUUAGCCCAAUGUAACCACGAGAAAGCUCAGUGCCGCCUGCAAUUUGUGUUGUCCUUCGGCAGGCGUUUACUACAAACAAGCAACGACUAUCGCACCGGGCGUCGGUCAACAAUAACGCACGAUUUGGCGCUUGGCUAGUUACCAAGCUUGCGGUGGUUUUCACACAGCAGUUUCCGCGCGCAGGCUUCCGCGUCCAACCACAGCUGCUGUCGAAUGCGCCGCCUUUCAUACCCCACCGCUGGAUGAAUACCCACUCCGGCGCGUCGUCGUUUUCCUCCACCAUUUUGCGCUUUGAACAAUUAAAUUUUUGCUCCAAAUUGUAAUUGCAAUUACAAACAAAAUUUUCCGUGCAUCGCUUAGUUUUCCGGCUCCAGCUGCAAUCGCAUCGGACGCGUAUCCGCAACGCUUUCUCAGCUCGUCUUUCGUUCGCUCGGCACAAUCUGUCUGUCGUUUGCGCACCACGUUAGCUAUAAAUUAGCUCUUAAAAUGCUCAAGUCCGAAAUUUAUUGCAGCUUCAGCAGCAGCAGCGCGCUGCAUUUUCACUUGCCGCGUGCAUCGCCGCGUCUCCCACUUACGCUAGUUCUCUAGCAAGCGCUGCGAUGGAAAGCAUUUCGUGCAUUCCAAUUUUCUACAUUUUCACCGUAUUCCCCCUCGCCGGUCUUGCGUUGCUUCCAUCUCGCUAUCUGUCUAUUUUCUCCUUAGCGGCAAUUUGUUAUUGUCUGCCGCGCUGGCAUCGCGUGCCGCCACCGCGCCGCGCCUCUGAUUGAGCUGUUUACAAGUUGCUGCGCGUAGCAAGCGGUUCGCUCAACAAGCUGCUUGCCAAACCACAAAAACAUACACACACACGAAUCUCACUAAUGGAAUAUUGUUGUUGUUUGUUGUUGCUGCAUUUAGCUGUGCAAAUUGCCGUUGUUGUAGCGGCAAAAGCGCUAACGCGAGCUGCUUUCCGCCACCAUCAACAGACCAGGCGGUUGGUUGGAAGGCCGCACGGGCAACAACAAACAUUUAAACCAACAACCUAGCGCAAUCAUGUGUCGUUGGCCGUGGCUAAGAUGACUAGGCGCACAGCAAAGCACAGCAAGCAACUGCCAAAAGUGGCAGUCAACAGCACACCAAACAGCCAACGCGAUGACGCGCUGUGAAAACUCGAAAAUAAGCGCAAAGAAAAACACACAACAGCAACAACAAUGACAACAAUAACAUUAGGUGGCAAUCGUGUGCGCCAGCAACAAACAACAAAGCAAAGAAAGCGGCAGUUGAGUGGAGACACAGCAGACAGGUGGGGAGAGUGGGUGCUAGCCGCCGCGAGCGUGUGUGAUUCAAUUUAGGAGUAAUGCUGCCGGCGCUGCUGUGGCAGUCGCGUACUAAAAGCGCUCAGCGCUCAUCGCUCAGUGUUCGUUGCUCAGCUGUUGGCCAGCACGCCACUCGCUCACUCACUCCCAACGCCGAAAUAGCACACAAAGCACGCUAUUUGCGCCGAAGCUAGCCAGCCACAGAACUGGCGCGGACACUAAACAAAGAAAAGCACGCGAUAAACGGGUGAAAAUCAAAUUCGUACUACAAUAUAUUCUUUGUGUUUAAUUUUUGCGAAGAAGUGCUAAUUUUUCUAGGCGCGUUCGUACCGAGUGGCAGCUGAUGAAGUAAUUUAUUGGGAAAUUGCGUUUUUUCUAUGAAGUUUGGAGCAAGUAAAUUGCAUUUGGAGGAGUUCUAAACACACAAAUGUGGUGCAGUUUUAAUGCCGCAGUCAAUUUUCGCAGUGUGAAAGAUAAAUUUAUUAAUUAAGCAAACACACAGCGGGAUAUACAAAAAUAAGCCGUGCAAAAAAAUAUCUGUGUGAAUAUAUUAAUUAAAAACAUUUUAUUUUAAAAAGCCAAAAAAAAAAAAACAAAUAACAAACAACAACAACACAAUAUACGAUACUAUAUCAAUUCAACAACGCAAUUCCUUCUGCGUCAAAGCACCAACAAUCAAUACAACACACAAUCGAGCAUUCUACCUGACGCCGCCAUACCGCUGACAGCACACACAACUACCACAAGCACACACAUACAAACACAAAUAAGUAUCUACAUAUACAAGAUAACAACCCGAGAGGUGUGCUGCGCUGCACUAAUUUUAAAAUAAAUACAAAGCAAAAAUAAAUCAUAAUACAAAGAAAAAAGAGUGUAGAAAAACAACAACAAAACGACCUUCAACACAAUAGAUAUUGAAGACAACUAAAUAAAAGUGUGAAUAGCGAAAUUUAAUUCGAUUUGCUUUGAUUAUAGCACACUCGUCAAACGCAAGAAAACAAAUCGAAAUUUGCGAAAGUGCUGCGCGGCAGGUGUGAGAAGUGAUAAGCAAGUGGUCGUUUAAUACAACAACAGCAAUCAGCACAUUAAACUCACCACUCUCCGAACACCAAGACACCCUACAAGCACUGGAAGUGCAAGAUCCUGUUAUUAAAAGAGUUCUUUUGUUGUAAGCGUUCGCAGAUAAGCCAUCAAAAUAGGUACCCGCUUGCGUGAUAAUAAUCCCGACAAAGACAACAACAACAUGAUAUAUAUAGAUGACUCCGAACCGGAAGGUGAACUUGAACCGGUAUUUCCCUAUCGUGACGUAACCAUAAAACGUGGUGUCGAUGCAAAUGAAUUAUACGAAAUACUCGGCGAAGUGGGCAGAGGCAAAUUCGGCACUGUCUACAAAUGCCAGGAAAAGGAGAAUGGUCUGAAGUUAGCUGCCAAAUUUGUGCCCAUCCCCAAGCGUGAAGACCGUCGCAAUGUGGAACGCGAGGUGGAGAUUAUGAACUCACUACAACAUCAUCUAAUCAUACAGUUAUACGCGGCGUAUGAACAUCAGAAAAUGAUGUGUGUCGUGCUGGAGUUAGUCGAGGGCGGUGAACUUUUCGAUCGUGUGGUGGACGAUGAAUUUGUGUUGACCGAACGCGUUUGUGUGGUUUUCAUACGACAAGUUUGCGAAGCCAUGGAAUUUAUACAUCGCAACAACAUUCUACAUCUCGACUUGAAGCCUGAGAAUAUUUUGUGUCUGACACAAGAGGGAAAUCGCAUUAAAAUCAUCGAUUUUGGGUUAGCGCGUAAAUAUGACCCGAACAAGCGAUUGCAGAUUCUCUUUGGUACACCCGAAUUUGUCGCGCCCGAGGUGGUGAACUUCGAUUGUAUUUCUUAUGCGACGGAUAUGUGGAGCGUUGGUGUGAUCUGCUAUGUGCUCAUCUCUGGCCUCUCACCGUUUAUGGGUGAAACAGACAUUGAGACGAUGGCUAAUGUGACAAUUGCCAAAUAUGACUUCGAGGACGAAUCAUUCAGUAAUGUGUCGCCGGAGUGCUUGGAUUUUAUAGCGAAGCUGUUGGUGAAGGACUUGCAAACCCGCAUGACAGCUGCGCAAUGCCUGGAACAUAAAUGGCUGCAGCGUCGGCCCAAACCGCCAAAGAUACUCGCGCCAAAGCCCACGAAUGUGCCGCCACCCAAAUUGAAAGCGGCCACACCUUCGCCAGUGCCACCGCAAGAGGAUGAAAACGAAGUGGCGUGCGAGCCAGAACCAGAACCAGUCGAGGAAAAGGCAGCCAAAGCAGUAAUUGUAAAACCAGAACCAGCAGACACGAACACGUCGGAGAACAAGGAGCUCGAUACCACCAAGGACAAUUUGAAGAAUUUCAUCGAACGUUGGGAGGAACAUCCCAACAGCCCGUACGUCUUCGAUGUGGAGAGUAAUGUGAUUGCGCCACUCAGUGAGACAUCGUUCAAUAAGACACACGGGCCAGAUAGCAUUUCGUCGUCACGAGUUUGCUCACCAUCGCCGUGUGAGUCCAUAGAGACGGUUAUCGAUGAUGAUGUGUUCAGCAAUGCCGAGCAGGACAAUGACAGUCCCAGCACACUAGCCACACCGAUUAAUGAGUCGCGCGAAAAACUUUUCCCCAGCAGCAUCUCGCUGGCGCCAACUUCCGGCGGUACUACACCCACACCGAGUAGCACUACGCCCACACCACAGCCACCAUUGCAAUAUGGACCGCAGCAUCUGCUCGGCCGUCGCGGCUACGGUGAUGAGUUCGGCGGUAGCGGCACAAAUCUCAAUCAACAGGAACGCAGCAUGAAGAGCUAUCUGCAUACCUUCGAUCGACGCAAUUCUGACACAAGUUAUCUGCUCGGACGACGCGCUUCGGGUGAACGCGUCAAUUUGGCCGAUGAAAUACGCAAAUUAUCCGAUCAUUUGUUAAUGUUGGCGGAGAUCAAUACCAAGCUCGGCAGUGACACGAAGUUAGACGCGGAUGCGAAUAAUAACAAGCACAGCAGGGCGAAAGCCAGCGGAGAGAUGUCUAAGGUUAAAGCGAAUGCAACGACUAAAGAGGCUACGUCCAAAAAGACAGCGACCACUAGCAAAAAUAAGGUGGCCAAAUCGGAAAGUAGUGAGCGCACAAAGGUAUCGGGCAACACAACAAUAACAACCUCUUCAAAUACCACAACAAGCUAUAGUAGUAGUAUAUCCAAUACGAAUGGCGUAAAAUCGAAAUUCAGCACAGUCUCCAUGCGUCUACAGCAAUCGAUCGAAGAGACACCGAAACUAACUAAUGGCGGUCCGAGCUUUGGUGUGCCCUGGAAAUUAAGUUCGCAUACCGCAACCAACAAAUCGAGUUCGAAAAGCACAACAUCGACAACGAAGUCCACGAAGCUGGUUUCAAUGGACAGCCAGGAAGAGAGCACCCUGCAACGUCAAUCUCACGAAUCAGCAAGUAUACGACGUGCCAAAUUUCGCAUUAAUCAAAUGUCACGUGAUGUGCCGAUCGGUGUGCCAAAUAUUCAUCAAGCUGUUAAUCUUGAAGAGGCGGCUAAUACGACCAAAGAUUGUCUCUUACAUCUGCUGGAGAAGUACAAUGAGACGAGCGAGACGAAGUGUCGCAAUCCGAUGGCGCGCCACCAAAGCAUUAGCGUCGAUUGGAAUGUAAGCGAUAAUUUGGAAUACCGUUCCAUGAGCUCCAUAAAUGCGUUCUUCCAGCGACACAACAAUACCGGCGAACAUGUGCGCCAGCUGCAGGCCCAAUUGGAGAAUAAAACCGGUCCGACCACAAGCGGCAAAUCUUCGGGCGAUGCUUAAGUUACCAAAAGUCACACGGUACUCGUACAGCAUGGCCUGUAGCUAAAUCUAGUCUUCAAUAUUUUCGCUUUUUAUUUUAAAGAUACACCGAGAUUAAUUAAACUAUGUCUUCUUUUGUUAAGCUAAAGAUUUAUUUUUGAAGCAAUGUAAUAUUAUUAAUUUAAAUAUUAUUUUAUGAAAACUUAUUAGUAAAUUAUUAUUGAAAUAAAUAAAACACUGCAGAGAUUGCAAUAAAAU